UACAACAAGGCAAGUAGAUGUUUUACAGGAAGGUGUAGACGUACAUAUAAAAGAGCACAAAUUAAUUAUGCCUCAAUACAAAAUAAAUCUCAAAGGAAAUGAAUUUUAGACCCUGCCCUACUUUUGCUUAUGCCUUGAUGUGGUGUGGUGUGCAAGAUUAACGAUACUGAGAGUCAAUAAAAGGACUUGACGUACCAAUAAAACUUCAUGACGGGUUCAAACAGGAGAGAAAUCAUGUGGGCAUUUUUCAACUUGUUCUUGCUGAUGUAUUUCAUGUUGUUGUGUUCCUACUUUUCUUCUGCUGUGUCCUCCCUCUUUUAUUCCUCCUCCUGCCAGUUACAAGGACAGUUUCAUCUAAAUGGGAUGCACAAAGCUGGAGAUGUGGUUCUAGGUGGGCUGUUUGAGUUCCACUUAUUUUCUAUUUUUCCUGACCUGUCUUUUACCUCAGAGCCACAACAGCCUACCUGCCACGGUUUUGAUGUCCUAGGAUUCAGGCAGGCUCAGACCAUGGCCUUUGCUAUUGAUGAGAUCAACAGAAACUCCAACCUACUACCUAAUGUGACUCUGGGAUAUAGUCUUUAUGAUAACUGCAUCAAACUAGAAAUUGGUUUCCGUGCAGCCUUGUCUUUAGUCAGUGGUCAAGAGGAGCACUUUAUAUUAGAUGAGACAUGUGUAGGAACCCCUCCAGUCCUAGGGAUUGUGGGUGAUUCUUCCUCUACCCAUUCUAUUGCCAUCUCCAGUGUCUUAGGUUUGUACAGAGUACCUAUGGUGAGUUAUUUUGCCACAUGUUCCUGCCUAAGUGACAGGAAAAAGUUUCCAUCCUUCUUUCGGACAAUCCCAAGUGAUGCUUUUCAGGUGCGUGCUAUGAUUCAGAUUCUAACCCACUUUGGCUGGACUUGGGCAGGUCUGCUGGUCAGUGAUGAUGAUUAUGGACUCUAUGCUGCCCGAUCCUUCCAAUCUGACUUUGUUCAGUCUGGUAGAGGUUGCCUGGCCUACUUAGAGGUUUUGCCCUGGGGCAAUGACCCAGCUGAAUUGAGGAGGAUUGUGCAUGUGAUGAAGAAAUCUACAGCUCAUGUUGUCAUUGUGUUUGCACAUGAGGGUCAGAUGAUUAACCUCAUGGAAGAGGUGGUGCGACAGAAUGUGACAGGUCUGCAGUGGAUGGCCAGUGAAGCCUGGACAGCAGCGACUGUGCUCCAGACCCCUGACCUCAUGCCUUACCUGGGUGGCACAAUGGGCAUCGCCAUUAGUCAAGGAGAAAUAGCAGGUCUCAGGGAAUUCCUCUUACAAAUACGCCCAGACAAACAACACAACAAUGACUAUGGAAAUAACAUGGUGAGGCAGUUUUGGGAAUACACAUUUCAGUGUAGAUUUGCACCACCUCCAGCAGGUUGGGUGGAAGCUGGAGGAGCAUUAUGCACUGGACAGGAAGAUCUAGAGAAUGUGGAGACAAAGUUCUUGGACAUUUCAAACCUCAGGCCAGAGUACAAUGUGUACAAGGCUGUGUAUGCUCUGGCAAAUGCCCUUGAUGAAAUGCUGCAGUGCGAACCAGGGAGAGGGCCUUUCAGUGGGCACAGCUGUGGCAGUUUGCAAAGACUAGAGCCAUGGCAGCUUGUGUAUUACUUGGAAAAGGUCAACUUCACCACACCAUUUGGUGAUCAAGUGUCGUUUGAUGAGAAUGGUGAUGCCUUACCAAUCUAUGAUAUCAUGAACUGGCUGUGGCUCCCUGAUGGAAGAACUAAACUUCAGAAAGUGGGUGAAGUUAAGAGGUCGGCCUUCAAAGGUGAAGAACUCACAAUUGAUGAGGACAAAAUCUUCUGGAACUUUGAAUCAAAAAAGCCACCGCGGUCAGUGUGCAGUGAGAGCUGUCCUCCAGGUACUCGCAUGGCCAGAAAGAAAGGGGAACCUGUGUGCUGUUUUGACUGCAUUCCUUGUUCUGAGGGAAAGAUCAGCAAUAAGACUGACUCCACUGAGUGCAUCAGUUGUUCUGAGGACUUCUGGUCCAGCCCCCAGCUUGACCUCUGUGUUCUGAAGAAAACAGAGUUCCUCUCCUACCAUGAACCUCUUGGCAUUUGCUUGACAUCCACAUCAUUACUGGGCACAUUUAUCUGUGAUGUUGUACUAGGGAUCUUUAUCUAUUAUCGCAGCACACCCAUAGUAAGAGCCAACAAUUCAGAACUGAGUUUUGUGCUCUUGGUGUCACUUAAACUAUGUUUCCUUUGCUCACUGCUGUUUAUUGGACGUCCCAGGCUGUGGACAUGCCAGCUGAGACAUGCAGCAUUUGGGAUCAGCUUUGUGCUUUGUGUCUCAUGCAUCCUGGUGAAAACCAUGGUGGUUCUGGCUGUGUUCAAGGCCUCCAAGCCAGGAGGUGGAUCCAGUCUGAAGUGGUUUGGUGCUGUGCAGCAGAGAGGGACAGUUAUUGUUCUUACUUCUAUUCAGGCAGCAAUCUGCACUGCCUGGCUUGUAUCUUCCUCACCAGCUCCCCAUAAAAACACUCAAUACCACAAUGAAAAAAUAGUUUAUGAGUGUGUAGUCGGGUCCACAGUUGGAUUUGUAGUGUUACUGGGCUAUAUUGGCUUACUGGCUACCCUCAGUUUUCUGAUUGCAUUUAUAGCAAGGAAUCUUCCAGAUAGCUUCAAUGAGGCCAAACACAUCACUUUCAGCAUGCUGAUCUUCUGUGCUGUGUGGGUGGCCUUUGUCCCUGCAUACAUCAGCUCACCAGGCAAAUAUGCAGAUGCUGUGGAGGUAUUUGCCAUCCUGGCCUCCAGUUUCGGUCUCUUGGUGGCACUGUUUGGACCUAAAUGUUACAUAAUCCUGCUGAGACCAGAGAGGAACACAAAGAAAGCAAUCAUGGGUCGAGGCAUCGAGUCAUAAAACUGCCCUUAAUUUCAAAAGACAAAAUUAAUCUUUUUUGUCUAUAUAAUACAAAAACACAGGCAGUAGGCAAUAGGUUAAUAGUAAUGGCAAUAUUGAAUUAUUAUUAAUAUUAAAAAAGCAGGGCUGAUGCCAAGUAAAUGUAUUUCAAUGUUAAAUCUCUUUCCACUUGGAUUGUA